AAAGCACAUCAAGAUGGGCCCAUCCCAGGAGCCAUGGAGAAAACACGAUGUCAUCCCAGGCAGGAACCAUCUUACCUGGCUGGAGGGAAGCUCAGAUGUCAGAUGUCUGCAAUGGCAACUUUCCCCUGGGACAUGGUUCUGAAGAGAUCAGCUGCAAGACCUCAGAGAAACUCCCCCCCCGAGUCACCAGCAUGAACAAGAACAAGGAGAGGGUGCUAAAGAAAACCUCAUCUGCACAAAAAGUAAGAGAUGAGCUCAAGGAUUCCCCCUCCAAGGCCGUUUUCACAUUUUGGGCAAACAAAGUUAACAACAGCAGUGAAAGGGCUACCUGCCAGAAGCUGCUGCAGAAGUCCACCAGGACCAUGGGAAGCUGCUCUCCAGCCCUCCUUCCCAAGGAAAGGCUUAGCAGCUUGGAAGAAGAGAAGCAGGCUAAAAAUCCCCAGAGAAAGACCAGGAGAGACCUCUUCUCUGACUUGAAGGUUUUCAGCCACAUAGACACCCAUGUGCUACAAGUGAGCCAGCAGCUGAAAUCCAGGCCCACCAGCUUGUCCAUCCAGGCCAUCGUUCCCCUGAUCACUGCCAAAUCCCAGAGCAAGCUGGAGAUGCUGAGGGCAAUCUGGUUCUGGCUCUGCCACAACAUUGCCCGUGGGGAGGUCUCGGUGAUGCUGGGGAGCACCCACCCCACAGAGUUCACCUACCAGCUCUCCAAACUCCACGGCACUGCAACUGGGGAGGAUGUAGGCACAGUUCAUGGUAUGAUGAUGGUGUCUGAGAAGAGCACGACCAUCAAGGUGACCCCCCCGACCGAGGGCUUGUUCGACCUCACGAUCUUCGCGCGCCACGCCGGCUCCCGGGACCCUUACAACUGGGUGUGCUCCUAUCAGAUCCAGUGUCUGGAGUCACGCAGAGGAGAGAAACUGCCCGAAAACCCGUUUCACUUCUGGGGCCUUCACCAAAAAGUGAGGGAUUUUGGCAUCGAGGAGAGCAGCCACAAAGGGGAGCUGCUGGUUGCUGCGCAGGGAACUUUGCUCUUGACUUUCCAGACGUCGCGACCCUUGCUUGCCUUGUACGAGCUGGUUCAUGAAGACCUAGAUGCUGCUCUGAGCAAGAAAUGUGUGGCUGCUCAAGCAGAGGAGGAGAAACUGAGUUGCCACGUGCUCUGCCCUUUCCAGGGUUACUACCGGCUCUCCGUGUUUGUGAAAGAUCUAGGCAGCAGCACCUUCAGGAAUGUGGCCAAUUUCCUCCUUCGUUGCUUGAAGCCCAUCAACCAGAACGAACUCUUCCCCUCGGGGCUGAGCAUGCACUGCGGGAGCGGGAUCAGCUCCAGGGGCCACGGCCUCUCCAGCCCCAGCCACCCUGCUCCCAUCAUCACCACCAAGCUGGGGAGGUGCAACAUCACCUUCCACACGCCUCCCGACGUGGAGGUGACCGCCAGCUUGAGUAAGGACAAAGUCGUCAGCACCAAGUACCCCCUGGAGAGGUACGUCCUGGUCACCCACCUGAGGACUAAAGUCAGCGUCUGCGUUGCGCUCCCCGAGCCGGGUGUCUACAAAGUGGGGCUUUUUGGGAGAAGCAAAGACCACACGGACUUCGUCCAUGUCUGCGACUACGUUCUCCGCUGCUUGGCCGAUCCCAGCUGGCCUCCAUUCCCCAGGACCUACAGCCCGUGGAGGAGGGGGUGUGUGCUGCUGGAGCCACGAGCCGGGGUGCUCCCGGAGCACAGCUGGGUUAGCUUCAGGGCCAAGGUGCCAAAAGCCUCCCAAGCUGUUGUCCUGGGGCAAGAGAAGACAGUGCUGCAGCAGAACCCCAAGGAGAUCUGGGAAGGGGACGUGUUCACCGGGCCGGCGGGGAUGCAGGUCAAGCUGGCGGCCAGGUUCAACCAGCACUGCUCCUCCUUGGAGGUUCUCCUGGCAUUUGAGGUGGAGAGUGGCUCACCUGCUUCCUGGGGGUGGUCGGGGUAAGCUGGGAAGUGCUGGGAAGAAUGAAAGCAGCCAGGGAAGGAAGCAAAGGCUCUCAAAACUGAAGGGUGUCGAGGAGACACUGAGAAAACUCCCAGAA